AUGGGUAUGGCUGAAGUCCCACCCACCGAGGUAUCGAAUGCUGGAAGCAAAAAGAGACAUCUCUACAUCGCUGGGAGUUUCUUGCGUUCGGUCCGACAUGAGCUGUCCGUCGCGACAAGCUAUUCAAAUGGCUUUUUGCUGCAUCAGAGGCGUGGCAAGGACUGUGAGGGACGCCGAGAAUGGAUGACAGGAGGUAGAUCCAGGAUGUUUGGCGGGGUCGCUACGCCCUACGUGAAUGAUGAUGAAAGAGUCAGAUUUCUGGUGGUGUCUAUAUAG